CAGCGACGCAACGUCAUUCACUGAUUGAUUGAUAUCUUAUCGCCUGGCGGUCCUCGUGCUUCGAUGUCAACAGCGAACAGGCCUGGGAGACAAGUUUACGAAGGCGAAAACAUGCGGUGACAAUGGGGAAUACGAAUAGCUCCCAUAAAAUAUCCUCCCAAGAUCGAGCAAUUCUUGAUAUGAAAAACCAGCGCGAUAGACUUCAUCAGUAUCAAAAGCGCAUCACGGUCCUCACCGACCGCGAAACUGCAAUCGCCAAGGAAUGCCUCGCCCGCGAUGAUCGCAAGCGUGCCCUUCUUGCGUUGCGUCGCAAGAAGUAUCAGGAAUCGCUCUUAGCGAAAACUGAUGCACAACUAGAGCAGUUAGAGCAACUUACUAGCCAAGUCGAAUUUGCCCUUGUGCAGAAGGAUGUCCUCUUCGGCCUGCAGCAAGGAACGCAGGUGCUUCAAACGAUCAAUAAGGAGAUGGGAGGUAUUGACGGAGUGGAGAAGCUGAUGGGAGAGACAGAGGAUGCUAGAGCUUAUCAGGAGGAAAUCAGCCAGAUGCUUGCCGGUCACCUUUCUAAUCAGGAUGAGGACGAGGUGGAGGAUGAACUCGAGACCCUUCAUCGUGAGGUCCAAGGCCCGGCCAGCCUUCCUAAUGCGCCGACAAAAUCCCCAAAAGAGGAUGUCGCGGAAGAGGAACCAGCGAGGCAAGAAGCGAGAACCGGGCAGGGAACCAGGGAAAGAACUGCGAUACCUGCUUCGUGAUAUUUAGUUCUCCAAUUUGGGAAGGGUGAAAUUCCCCAAAUUGCCCUUCACAUUUCGCGACCCCAGCAUUUCUGGAGUUGAGUGUGGAUUUAUUGUUACCAUCGAAGGCAUUACUAGAAUUUGGACCGUCUUAGUAUUCUAAUUGUGGAAUUUCAUAUUACAAUCAAAUAUAUGUCAAAUUUAGUAGUCCGGGCAGAUCGAGCUUCAUAUUCCGAUCUCAUGUGGUUGUUGAUUGAAUGUUAAGGCAGUUGGUUUGUGAAGUCGAAAAGUCAAAAUAGCGCAAUCGAACAAUAGCAUGAUAAUAAGUUAGGUGGCAAGAGAAUAGAAUUUGAAGAUAUACUGCG